GCUCCCAUUGACGAUGAGGGUGACAAGAUUGUUGGAGGCUACGAGUGCGGAAAGAACUCUGUGGCCUAUCAGGUCUCUCUGAACGCUGGAUACCACUUCUGUGGAGGCUCCCUGAUCUCCAGCACCUGGGUGGUGUCUGCUGCUCACUGCUACAAGUCCCGCAUCCAGGUGCGUCUUGGUGAGCACAACAUUGCUGUCAAUGAGGGCACAGAACAGAUCAUCGACUCUGCCACGGUCAUCCGUAACCCCAAGUACAACAGCGGCAACCUGGACAAUGACAUCAUGCUGAUCAAGUUGAGCAGGCCCGCCAAACUGAACAGCUACGUCCGCACCGUGCCCCUGCCCUCCAGCUGUGCCAGCGCUGGCACCCGCUGUCUGAUCUCUGGAUGGGGCAACACCAGCAGCUCUGGAAGCAGUUAUCCUGAUCGUCUGAGGUGCCUGGAUGCCCCCAUCCUGAGCGACAGCAGCUGCAAGAACGCCUACCCUGGACAGAUCACCGUCAACAUGUUCUGUGCUGGAUUCCUCGAGGGAGGCAAGGACUCCUGCCAGGGAGACUCUGGUGGCCCCGUGGUGUGCAACGGUCAGCUGCAGGGUGUUGUGUCCUGGGGUUAUGGCUGCGCCCAGAGGAACAAGCCCGGAGUCUACGCCAAGGUCUGCAACUACGUCAGCUGGAUUCGCAACACCAUGUCCUCCUACUAAAGUCACUCGACUGGAAGGAGCAUCCAUCUAAAGAAUCUCUAACAAUGACAACUGUUUCAAGAAAAUAAACAUUUAAC